AUGUCCAAACGGACAAAGAUUCUCCUCGCCGCACUCAUCGCGGUCAUCAUCAUCGGUCUCGCAGUCGGCCUGGGUGUCGGUCUGACUGUCGGUGGUGGUAACGAUGAUGGCGACGGCAACUCUGGCGACGACUCGGGGCCCACCGGACCAGCUGCGACCUCUGGCCCUCGUCCCACCGGUGUAUGGCAGCCCGCCGUAAACGCGAGCUGGCAGAUCAUCCUCCAAGCUCCGAUCGAGCUGUCCAGCGACGCAACCAGUGUGACGCCGGACGUCGAAAUCUAUGACAUCGAUCUCUUCACCAAUGAUCAGGAGGUCUUCGACACGCUGCGACGACUGGGGAAGAAAAUUAUCUGCUACUUCAGCGCCGGUUCGUACGAGCCCGGUCGUCCCGACUCCGGCAAUUUCGCAGACUCGGACAAGGGCAAGGAACUGGAUGGCUGGCCGGGCGAGCAUUGGCUGAAUCUGUCGAGCGAGAAUGUGCGCAACAUCAUGCAAAAGCGUAUCCAGCUCGCGCAUGACAAAGGGUGUGAUGCAAUUGACCCCGACAACGUCGAUGGAUAUAACAACGACAAUGGCCUCGACCUGACCCCAGACGACUCGGUCGCCUUCAUGGAGUACCUCUCGUCUGUGUCACUCCCGCUCAACCUCUCCAUGGGUCUCAAGAACGCCGGCGACAUCAUCGACCACGUCCUCAACAUCACUCACUUCUCUGUCAACGAGCAGUGUGUCCAGUACGCCGAGUGCGAACAGUUCUCUGCCUACAUCAACGACACGAAGCCCGUCUUCCACAUCGAAUACCCCGACGAUGUGACCUCGCUUUCGACGGAUAAGCGCAAUGGGUACUGCGAGGAUCAAGGAGACGCAGCGUAUAGCAACAAUUUUAGCACGGUGCUGAAGAACAUGAAUCUUGAUGGCUACGUCGAUUACUGCAGCGGAAUGUCCGCUACAACACCUUUGAACACGACCGGCUUGUCGUAG